GGCUGUGAGCAACAGUGAGGAAAGAGAUGCGAAAUUCGAGUAGAAGUCUUCUGGAUGUGGGUGGCUGAGAUUGUGAAUGUAUCGGUCUUGCAAAGUGGUGUGAGCGUGGGUUCGAGCGUGCAUGCCUGUGAGGUGGGAUUGCGGAUGAUCGACUUGGGAGAGGAAUCGUCCGUGGCAACAUAUCGUAGCGCAUGAGACUAGUUUACUGUUGAAUCUGUGAUUGCUUCUGGAGUCUUAAAGUACGAAAUAGAUACUCACUGCAUGUUUUCCCUCGUAAUACCACGCAUCCAUGUCCCCAAUCCCUUCAACUCUCCCCCACAUCAGCUCAGCGCCUAUACACAACACGAUAAACGAGGGCGCUCUCAUCGUCAUGUUGAAUGAGACAAGAUGUGUCAGUUCCUCAAAAUGUGAAUCCUUCUGACGACUGUCGAUCGGUUCGGUGUAGAGGCAAUGUCCAAGACCUGGAUGACGCUGUCAUGCUUCACAGGGACGCGCUGGCUUUACAUCCAGUCGGUCACCCGGAUCGGUCCAUGUUAUUAAAUAACCUUGCGAAUGUGCUCUCCAUCCGCUUCAAGCACCGAGGCAAUGUCCAAGACUUGGAUAACACUGUCAUGCUUCACAGGGACGCCCUGGCUUUACGUCCAUUCGGUCACCCAGAUCGGUCCAAGUCAUUGAAUAACCUUGCGACUGUGCUCUCCACCCGCUUCAAGCACCGAGGCAAUGACCAAGACUUGGAUGACGCUGUCAUGCUUCACAGGGACGCUCUGGCUUUACGUCCAGUCGGUCACCCAGAUCGGUCCUCGUCAUUAAAUAACCUUGGGAAUUUGCUCUCUACCCGCUUCGUGCACCGACGUGGUCGAGAAGACCUCCACGAGUCACAAGAGAAUCUCUGCUGUGCAUUGACUCUCUUGACGCAACAUAGUCCUCUUCUAUUAAUUGUCCAUGGAUCGCUAGCUAACGUCUAUAUGUUGUUCGAUCAAUCGGAACUUAACGGCACUGGUGAACACAUUGACAGCUUGGCUGCUGCCAUGCAUCAUCUCCAGGCAGCAGCAAAUGUUGUCUCUGGAGGUUUGCUAUCACGCCUGCGAGUAGGUCUACACUGGGUUAACAAAGCCCACGAACAUUCACAUGCUACUGAACUGGAGGCUUACGCGACUUCCAUGCAGCUCCUCGACACUUACAUGUCUGCGACAGCUUCAGUAUCGUCUCGUCACCAUGCCAUGAAGGACUUUCCAAGUACGCUUGCCGUGGAUGCUGCAUCAUGUGCGCUUCGUAGCGGUGAUGUGUGUCGCGCUGUUGAGUUGUUGGAACAAGGUAGGACUGUCAUUUGGACCCAGAUGACACGACUCCGCACGCCUCUUGAUGGCCUCCAAGAUCUCGGUGAUCAUGCAGUGGCCCUGAUGAAGAAGUUCAGAGACCUCAGCUCCCUCCUUGAUACACCUCCUACGAAUUAUCAAGAAGGGACCCCAAGCAUCAAUGUAGAAGCCGAAGCAAGUCGGUACCGACGUCUAGUGGAGGACUGGAAUAGAGUCGUAGAAGAUAUUCGGAAGAUCGAGGGCUUCUCUCGCUUCCUACUUCCCCCCUUGUUCUCCGAUCUGCAAGAUGCAGCUCGUGAUGGGCCUAUUGUCGUGCUCGUCGGAAGCAAGUCAUCUUGCGAUGCCAUUAUUAUCCCGCACAACCAACCUCCGAUAAGCAUUAAACUCCGUAUCAAUUUGGAGAAACUACAAAAUUUGGUGAAAAGAUUUCAAUCGGCAACUGCUUCUACACCCGCUCCCAAACCCGCUCCCAAACCCGCUCCCAAAAGCAUCCACUCAGCCCUGAUGAAAGCUUUGAGGGAGUUAUGGAAUGACAUCGUCCACCCGGUAGUCGAACAUCUGAGC